GUAAAGUCAUACAUUGACAAUUUAUAACAGUUUUUACAAAAAAUGGACAACCAAAAUGCGCCAGGAAACCUAUCAGUGCCCUAUAAGAAACUAUCAGACGAAGCGGCGUUACUGCCUAGACCAAGCAUACUUCUACCGCACUUGCAAGAAUCGGAGAAAAAGUUCUUUGAACUAGUGGCUUCGGGGGAUGUUUUGGCCGUGCAAGAGUAUCUAGCAAAAAAUCCAAACUUUAACAUCAACUGCGUGAACUUCCAAGGCGUGUCUGCUCUGUUAAUAGCGGUGCAAAACCACAUGGAAACCAUGGUGGAAUAUCUGCUCAGCCAGCCUGGGAUUGAUAUAGGCGACUGUAUUCUACAUGCUGUGAAGGACAAUCAAAGGAAAAUUCUAGAGGCUUUGCUGCAGAAGAUAAGCGAAAUUGCGCCCAGCCUGGAGUUUGUUGGGGUAACACACAGCACAGAUUUUCCUGACUAUGUCACGCCCUUAAUACUAGCGGCUCAAUGUGGUCACUAUGAGAUUAUAGAGCUGCUGAUCCAACGGGGCCAUACAAUCAGCAAACCCCAUCCGCCUAGUUGUAGAUGUGCAGACUGUCGGGUUCAUUUGGAGCGCGACGAUCUUCUACACGCGGAGAGCCUGCGACUGAAUUUAUAUCGAGCAGUGUCUAAUCCUGCUUACAUUUGCCACUCCACCCAUGACCCAAUUCUGGUCGCCUUCCAGUUGGGCAACGAGCUAAAGGAGUGCUCAAGCAUCGUUCCAGAAUUUCGCGUAGCUUACGCAGAGCUUUCUGUUGAAAUUAGCAACUUUGCUGUUGAUCUGAUUGCAUGCUGCAGAAGCACCAGUGAAAUGGAGUUGAUCCUCAAACAAUCCGCUGGAAUGAGUUCUCGCAUUUACAGCCUGCCCCGAUUGGCUUUGGCCAUGGAUUACAAGCAGAAAACCUUUGUAGCUCAUCCGAACACGCAGCAGAUUGUUGAAGCCACUUGGAAUGGCGACUGGCACGAGUACAAGCUUAAAUCGCACUUUGUGCUUUAUUUAUUGCCAGUUAUUCGCAUUUGUGCGCUUCCCAUUGUGGCCCUGAUGUGCUUGGCGAUGCCCAAUCACUCCCUCACCAAGCACUGGAGCAUUCCUUUGAACAAGAUGAUCAGUCACAUUGCGGCCUAUCUGGUGUUUCUUGUGAUAAUAUUCCUGGAAUCCAACAUGGAUAAAGCUGGGCAAAAAAGGCAGCCACCCAACUCCGGGUUGGAAAUUGUCAUUAUGGUGUUUGUGGCUGGGAAUAUUUGGAGCAACUUUAGAAUGCUGCUCCUUAUUGGCCCGAAAACCUACUUUAAGAAGCUCUGGAAUUGGCACGCUGUGAUCAAUAACGCCUUGUUCCUGUUGACUUUCCUGUUUUGGAUGGCAUCGUAUUUCGAUGCCAUUAAUAACGACCAGGUCGAUCUGGAGCGGAAAUACUGGCACCAUCUGGAUCCGUUACUAAUCGCCGAAGGCACCUUUGCGGUCGCAGUAAUCAUGGCAUUUUUCAAGCUGCUCUUUUUCUGCAAAUUAAACUACUAUCUAGGCCCGUUGCAAAUCUCCCUGGGUAAAAUGUGCGCAGACAUGGCAAAGUACUUCACAAUCUUCACGAUUAUAAUCAUUUCCUUCAGUGCCGGGUUGUGUCGAUUCUAUCAGUAUUACGAUGGCAUGGUUCAGAUCGACGAAAACGAAAUGAAGACUCAACAAGUCUCGUCAUUUGUCGACCUUAGUUCCACUUUAAAGACCUUCUUUUGGGCCAUUCUUUGCAUGGCCCCGUUGGAGAGCGCCAAUGUGAUAAUCGAAAACCUUCCUGGAGAAACGCCGAAAACCACAAUCAUUAACAAGCACACAUUCACAGAAGCUGUAGGCUAUAUAUGUUUUGCACUGUUUGAAGUGCUGAUAGUGAUCAUGAUACUGAACAUGCUCAUAGCUACGAUGUCCUCCACCUUUCAAAGAGUGCUGGAUAAUUUGGACGUCGAAUGGACCUUUGGAAAAACUGACUUCUAUAUAGAAUAUAUGCUGCAAACGACUACGCCUUCGCCAUUCAACUUGAUUCCCACCCCAGCAGGAGUGACGAUGUUUAUGGAAAUGAUGAACGGAACGAGAACGGCUGGAAACACUGAGAUGGCAGGCGGCUGUUGCCAGAGAUCUCCAGCAGGGAAGAAGAACGCGAUGAAUCGGCAAGACAAUGAAAUGGAAUACCCGGCUUUAAUGUCGUUGCUGGUCCAGCGAUACUUUAGGGAAAAGGAUGAAGCCAACCAAGCGGCAAGCGAGAUGGAUUUACUGCGGCAGGAAAUCCAUGAACUGAAGGCUUUGCUGAAUGAUAUCAUAGCGGAAAAGGAGGAUUGACUUAGUUUUGUCCGUUUAUAUUAGGACUAAUUAUACAUAUUGUGUUUUUAUUUUA